AUGACCAGCUCUGUCUUUAAAGGAGAGGACAAGACAUCUCCCACAUGGUUCCAUCCUAGAGCUACAAGACCCCGAGACGUCAUUAACAGAACAAGUUUCUCUGCCCAGAUUGAGACGAGGGGUAAUGUUCCCCUACUCGGAUGUUAUUUCAUCAACCAUUGCUAUAACAUGAUGUGGUUAGUUGAAACUUAAAAUACAUAUCCAGGUGUUGUGAGAUCAGGCGUCAGCAACUUCUGAGCAGAGGAACGCGCCUUACAUCAACUCAAAAUAGAGGGAGGAGAUUCUCUGCAUAGCGUUAACCUGAAUCAUCUCAAGAUGGCUGCUAUCGUGAGACUCCACAGACUAACGAAGGAUCAACUGUCUCUCGCUGCUCAGAAGAACAAUAACAAACCAGGCAGAAAACCAACGAAGAAGAAAAACUCCACCACCACCAGAGGAAGGAACCAAUCCACAGGAAAAGGAAACAACUCUGCUGACAGUGAAAGUGUUUCUAGCCAGGUAUCAUCGACCCCUAAGUGGUGGGGUCGUCCCAAGGGAAGCAAAAACAAACCCAAGAUAAGUCUACAACUCUCCAGUGCCAUCUUGAGGCCUGACGAGGUAAAACAAGAGGUGAAACAAGAGAUGGACGAGCUGCCUAUCGGGACAAGAAGUGAUGAACACUGGUUGAACUCUGUGAAGACAGAGAGCUACGACCCAGAGAUGGGUAACACCAGGGGACCUACAGAGAGCGACCCCAGGACAGAUGCACAUCACCUGGGUAUCAAGACGGAGGAUGCCCCCCUGUACCACCAGGAUGGAGGGAGGCGGCUGCGGUCGGCUACCGUUCAGAUGUUCAAUCUGGCUGCGUUGAGUUCUGAGCCAGAAUGGUGGCCUCGCAACCAGAAGGUCCGCCGGUUCCCUUGUCCAGACUGUGGCCAGAAGUUCUUCUCCAAAACCACGCUGGAGUUACACUCCCGGAUCCACACCCAGUACCAGCCGUACUCCUGUGAGGUGUGCCAUAAAACCUUCUCCCGGAAAGGCGGUCUGGUCGAGCACCGACCAAUCCACGAGGCGGAACGCCCUUCGCCUGCCUCCAAUGCGGCAGAACCUUCACAUUCAAAUCCAACCUGA